CGCGGCGUCUCUUCCCGCCCCGCUUCCCCUUCCCUCCCCUCCCCUCCCCGCGCCGCGCGCUGGCCCGGGGCGGCUCCGCAGCCCGCCGGGAGCUCCGACCGAGGCGCCUCGCUGGGGCGGGGACCUUGGUUCGCCUGGGGCCAUUUCAUAAUUCUGAAUCAUGUCUGAUAACGGAGAACUGGAAGACAAGCCUCCAGCACCUCCUGUGCGAAUGAGCAGUACCAUUUUUAGCACUGGAGGCAAAGACCCUUUGUCAGCCAAUCACAGUUUGAAACCUUUGCCUUCUGUUCCAGAGGAGAAAAAGCCCAGGAAUAAAAUCAUCUCCAUAUUCUCAGGCACAGAGAAAGGAAGUAAAAAGAAAGAAAAGGAACGGCCAGAAAUUUCUCCUCCAUCUGAUUUUGAACACACUAUCCAUGUUGGCUUUGAUGCUGUUACUGGAGAAUUCACUGGCAUGCCAGAACAGUGGGCUCGAUUACUACAGACCUCCAAUAUCACCAAACUAGAGCAAAAGAAGAAUCCUCAGGCUGUGCUAGAUGUCUUAAAGUUCUACGACUCCAACACAGUGAAGCAGAAAUAUCUGAGCUUUACUCCUCCUGAGAAAGAUGGCUUCCCUUCUGGAACACCAGCAUUGAAUGCCAAGGGAUCAGAAACAUCAGCAGUAGUGACAGAGGAAGAUGAUGAUGACGAAGAAACUGCUCCUCCUGUUAUUGCCCCACGACCAGAUCAUACAAAAUCAAUUUACACACGGUCUGUAAUUGACCCUGUUCCUGCACCAGUUGGUGAUUCAAAUGUUGAUGGUGGUGCCAAGUCUUCAGACAAACAGAAAAAGAAGACUAAGAUGACAGAUGAAGAGAUUAUGGAGAAAUUAAGAACUAUUGUGAGCAUAGGUGACCCUAAGAAAAAAUAUACAAGAUAUGAAAAAAUUGGACAAGGGGCUUCUGGUACAGUUUUCACUGCUACUGAUGUUGCAUUGGGACAGGAGGUUGCUAUCAAACAGAUUAAUUUACAGAAACAGCCAAAGAAGGAAUUGAUCAUUAAUGAGAUUCUGGUGAUGAAAGAAUUAAAAAAUCCCAACAUAGUUAACUUCUUGGACAGUUACCUGGUAGGAGAUGAAUUGUUUGUGGUAAUGGAGUACCUUGCUGGUGGGUCACUUACUGAUGUUGUAACAGAAACCUGCAUGGAUGAAGCACAGAUUGCUGCUGUAUGCAGAGAGUGUUUACAGGCAUUGGAGUUUUUACAUGCUAAUCAAGUGAUCCACAGAGAUAUCAAAAGUGACAAUGUACUUUUGGGAAUGGAAGGAUCAGUUAAACUUACUGACUUUGGUUUCUGUGCCCAGAUCACUCCUGAGCAGAGCAAACGCAGUACCAUGGUCGGAACACCAUAUUGGAUGGCACCAGAGGUGGUUACACGGAAAGCUUACGGCCCUAAAGUUGAUAUAUGGUCUCUGGGUAUCAUGGCUAUUGAGAUGGUAGAAGGAGAGCCUCCAUACCUCAAUGAAAAUCCCUUGAGGGCCUUGUACCUAAUAGCAACUAAUGGAACCCCAGAACUUCAGAAUCCAGAAAAACUUUCCCCAAUAUUUCGGGAUUUCUUAAAUCGAUGUUUGGAAAUGGAUGUGGAAAAAAGGGGUUCAGCCAAAGAAUUAUUACAGCAUCCUUUCCUGAAACUGGCCAAACCACUGUCUAGCUUGACACCAUUGAUCAUGGCAGCUAAAGAAGCAAUGAAGAGUAACCGUUAACAUCACUGCUGUGGCUGCAUAUUCUUUUUUCCCUUUUCUAAAAGAAGCCUUUUAGUAUAUGAAAAUUAUUACUCUUUCUGGGGUUUAAAGAAAUGGUCUGCAUAACCUGGAUGAAAGAAGCAAAUGACUAUUCUCUGAAGACAACCAAGAGAAAAUUGCAAAAAGAAAAUUAUGACUUCCAUGUGAACCCCUUCUUGAGGGUCCAGAAGGAAUUGUGGACUGAAUCACUAGCCUUAGGUCUUUCAGCAAACAGCCUAUCAGAGCCAUUUAUCAUGAGUGAGAUUUGCGUUUUACUUUGCUGACUUUGUUGUAAUAGAUCCCAUUCAUUGUCCCAUUUGGGGUAUUUCUAAUACUUGAAUGGCAGAUUCGAGUUUUUCAGAGUAUUUGUUUCAUCUGCUACUCUUUCUCUCCUUCAUAGCUUUCCUUUUCCUUAAUUUCCUGCUUUUGAGUUUCUCAUGCCUAGGCAAGUGUAAUAGAAAUUAUGUAGCUCCUUAUGUUGGCAAAGGAGCUCUAUAUAGUUUCACUUUGUGUAAAAGUUAGGACCAGCUGUUGUUACAUGUAAUAUUUUAGUUCAGAACUUGACCUGAAGGAAGGGAAGAAAAGUAUGUGAUUUUUACCUUUUUUAACAAAUGUGAAGAAGCCAGUUUUAGAAAUUUUGUGGUAUUAAGUUUGGCAUUUGUUACAUGUAUAGAGAGAAGACUAAUAAUCUAUAUUUAUAACUAAAUCAUUGAGAUAGAAAAAGAUUCCCAUUGACUAUAGAAUUCUUCCAAUUUUGUCUUCCCUUCUGCCUGUUUUCUCUUCAGGUUUGGCUCUAGGAGCCAAAGUGAUUUGUUCUUGUUCCAACCUGGGCUUUAUGACUUUGGUUAGUGCCACUACCUUCCUCUUCUCUCCUUUUUCCCCUUCAUUUUGGAAAUAAAUUUCUGUAUAUGUUGCAA